GAAAUAGAUCCAGUGUAUCACUGCGCUGGCAGGGAGUGAUUCACGUGUGGAUUCACAUCCAAAAACACCUGGGAAAGCGUUAAAAAGAUGGGAAACCCCAAAGUUUUCUUUGACAUCACCAUAGAUGGAGCUAACGCGGGCAGGAUUGUAAUGGAGCUCCGGGCCGACGUGGUCCCAAAGACUGCAGAAAACUUCCGUGCUCUGUGCACCGGAGAGAAAGGAUUUGGCUACAAAGGCUCCUCUUUUCAUCGGAUCAUCCCUAAAUUCAUGUGCCAGGGCGGGGAUUUCACUAACCAUAAUGGAACUGGAGGAAAGUCCAUCUAUGGGGAGAAGUUUCCGGAUGAGAACUUCCAGCUGAAGCACACAGGCCUGGGCACGCUGUCCAUGGCCAACGCCGGGCCGAACACCAACGGCUCGCAGUUCUUCAUCUGCACGGCGAACACCGACUGGCUGAACGGGAAACACGUGGUGUUUGGCAGCGUGGUGGAGGGCAUUGACGUCGUCAAGGCGAUGGAUAAACAAGGGACAAAGAGCGGCACCACUAAAGCCAAGGUGGUCAUCGCCGACUGUGGGGAGCUAAAAUAAAACGCCACGGCUCCUUCAGUGCAGCCUGCAUCUGUCAGAUCGACCCUCCACGUACCCGUCCAUGUCAGUAGAGAAACACCAGACGGACCUGACUCCUUCAAAUGUUUAUGUGUGUUAAUAUUUAUCCUGUAAUAUUUUGUACCUCUCAGUCUGUUCUUUAAUGGACCUGUUUGUUAACAAAAUCCAAACAAAAUGUUGGUGAUGGUGUAAAUAAAACAACAUGAAAGCUCA